AUGGCGACAAACGGCGCUUCAGGCCGAGAAUCGAAAGACGGAAACCCUGAAUCGCGAGCUUCCUCGUCGCCCAUCCUCCCCGAAAUGGACGAGAAAAUCAUGGCCUCGUUCCCCAACGGCAAAUUGCGAGAAGCCCAAUUGGAAACAGUGAUAUGCAAACACUGUAAACGACCAGUUUUAAAACAAACGUCGGCAGAGCACAUACGAGGCUGCCUAAAAGCUAAACAGGAGAAAGCGCGGAAAAAGAAAGAAGCUCGCGACGCUGCCAACAGAGCGAAAGAGAAGGCGUUAGGGAAAGAUAAGGGGAAGGACGGUGACGAUAAGGAUGACGGGACUGGUAUUGGUGUGGGCGAUGAUGACGAUGCAAUGAAAGGACAAAAGAGCGCGAAGAAGAGCGCUGGCGGGGACGAUGGGCCGAAGAAAGGAAAAAAGCGCAAAGCUGAUGGAGACGAUGAUAAGGAGAAGGAGCCGAAGAAGAAGAAAAAGAAAGACGAACCCAAACCCAAAGUCCCAAAGCCUAAGGGCCCUGUCGACGUGGAAAAGCAGUGCGGUGUUCCCCUCCCCAACGGCGGCCAGUGUGCGCGAUCUUUAACUUGUAAGAGCCAUUCUAUGGGUUCCAAACGAGCUGUCCCAGGACGGUCGUUGCCGUACGAUAUGUUGCUCCAGGCAUAUCAAAAGAAGAACCAGGCGCGGCAGCAAAAGGCCGCUAUCGAUGCGAAUGCUCCGAUCCACGACGAUUUAGAUGGCAAUGGACCGAUCGACUCGGAUGAGGAGAAAGAUGCAGUGAUGGCCGGCCUCGCUCGGUCCAAUCCUCAGCCGCUGAUAACCCAUCCUCUAAUUCCAACCAGACGAAAAUACCAUCUGGUGCGCAUGAAGGAAAUGCUCUCACAGGUUCUUGGGGGCACCAGGGGAGGGAUCUUUUCCCAUCCACGCGACACAAGCAGCCAGGGCCAAGUUGGGGGUGAAAGAACGUUAUUCGCCUCAGACUCUACCAACUUUUCAUCGUCUCCCACAAGCGUCAUUAAUUCCGCUGUGCAAUCUGCGGAAACAUCGAGAAAGCCUUCCAUUUCUCAGCAGGCAGUGCAGAACCGGGCUUCCCAGGCCGCUGCUGCCGCGAAAAAUCCUGCGACAGUCUCACCACCUACAACGGUUGCCACAACCGCCGCAACGACUUCGACUGCUGCAACUGCAGCUUAA